GCUCGUGUAACGUUACUCGAUUCUUGUCGAUUCUCCGCUUGUCUCGCAAUCUGCGCGUAGUAAAGUAACUGUGCAGCACCGACGACGGUCGUCGAGUUGCUGUCACCGCUGCUACCAUGUUGCUUUGUCCUCUACCCACCUAUACCGGUGACAGGUGGACGCUCCGUGCUUCUGGUGCUUCUUUCGUGUUCCUCGUGUUGAAAAUCUGUACGGAUAUAACGUCGGGUGUAUCGCGUGUAAUAGCAGCAUGAGUGCCAGGAUCGUAUACAGAUCGUGUCUCAUUUGUGAAGCUUUACGAGCUUGUCGUUCGCGGCUCGUUGCUGUCUUGUGUUCGUAUAACGUUACUCGAUUCUCCGCUUGUUUCGCAAUCUUUGUUACUCCUGAUCGGCCGCGAUCGCGUAUUACGUUUUAUUGCAACUCGUGUGUGACAUGUCCGCGUAGUGUCGUGAGUGCCGAAUGAAAUAUCGCACAGCAUCAAUGUGCGAUUGGAGCUACCGAAACAUCGUCGGCGAGAGACGGCCUCUGUGGAGUAAUUCGGUCGAAGUUGAAAACUCCACUGCUGUGCAUCAUGUGUUGAUUCGUGCUAGCCUCGUCCAGUUUGACUUUCGUCCCUUCGUUAGGUCAAACCAUCGCGCCAAAACGCCACAUCGAAUAGCACAUAUUGUAAGUACCUUGUCUGCUGAUCUACCUACAACGUUCAGUACCCAUAUGGUGCAGACAGGGAUGGCUGCGCCCUAUGGUGGGGGUGUCUUCCCUCCUCCGGUAAACGGGGUCGCGGGUGUCGUGGGGGCGGCCGGUGCAGCCGGUGACGUUAAGCCACCGCCACCAGUGAAGGAGGAGAACGCCGGUGCGCCCCAGCAACCACCUCCAACCGGCGGGCCCCAGGUGCCGCCUGCGGCGGGCGCACCUCAUCCCGCCGCCCCCGGUGCACCGACCGCGGGCAGCUUCAGUCCGCCUCCGCCUCCGAAUGGGGUCGAUCAACAGGCCAUCUCGGAGGUGUUUCAGGCUGCAGUGGUGGCAGCGGCAGCAGCGGCCGCGGGUGGCGGUGGCCAGCAACCCGCACCAACACCGGGCGGUGGCAGUGAGACCAACCCCGAAGGCGGAGUGGAGGCUGCUGCGUUGGCACCUGUCACCUCAGGCGCGACGACACCCGCGACAGCGACACAAGGCACCGACCUCAAAGGUCAACCAAAACGCUUGCAUGUUAGCAACAUACCUUUCCGCUUCCGAGACCCUGACCUCAGGGCAAUGUUCGGGCAAUUUGGGCCAAUCCUUGACGUGGAAAUUAUAUUUAACGAAAGAGGAAGCAAGGGAUUCGGUUUUGUAACAUUCGCAAAUAGUGCUGACGCGGACCGGGCACGUGAGAGGCUACACGGCACCGUGGUUGAGGGCAGAAAGAUUGAGGUGAACAACGCAACAGCGAGGGUACAGACGAAAAAACCGCCGACGGUGCCAAACGUGUGCGUGCAGUGGCCCGAGGCUGCGGCGCUCAGAGGAGUCGCCAUACAGCGUGGCCGAGUAGGAGCGGCGAGGGCGACUUUCCCGACCAGCGCGGCCGCCCUGGCAUUGGCCAGGAAUCCUGGGCCACUUGCAGCUGCAGCUGCGGCCACGGCCCUGCAUCCCUUCGCACCCGCUGUUUACUACGACCCCUUCCUCGCGGCCCACGCAGCGACGCAGGAUCCCAACUACAGGUUGCAGGCUAAAGCGCCCGCCCUGGAGGCCGCGGCAGCGGCAGCCGCAGCCUCACCAUUGUUGAAGACACCACUAUCAACGGCACAGCAGGCUACGUACGCAGCUGCAGCGACCUACACGGCGGUGGCUGCGCGCGCAUACGGCGCAGCUGCAGCUGCGGCACAACCGGUCGCAGGAUAUGCCGCAGUCGCGGGCUACGGGCGUGAAUACGCCGAUCCCUACCUCGGACAUGGCAUCGGACCUGUGGCGGGUUACGGGGCAACAGUGUACAGAGGUGGCUACAACAGGUUCACGCCAUAUUAAAUGGAUCGUUGAGAGUAGAGCGCGAGAGCCUUCCAAGUUAUACUCAGCAGAACAUGACCAGACACAAGUCGACGCAAUCAUCACUGUCAUUUUUGUCAUCGAGAUCACCCACGAGACGACGAGCCUGGACCCUUCCACUCAUGCUGUUUCUCGCCGGUUCUAUUCCCUACUUUGCGACCCGAGAUCCUCGUGAAGAUAUGAAAACCGUUCUUGACACCUUCAACGACGAAGGUCGACGUCGUCCGAGAAAUCGGAAUGAAACUGCUGUCAACGUAAACUAGUGAAGCACCAUCUACGUCAAAUCUCCAAAUAGUACCUUCGAUAAAUAUGUGAACGGCGACUGAAAUAGGCGAGAAAAAUCGGUCUGUAAAUGCAGUGGCAGCGUCGAGGUCGGCGCAUCGAAGUGUCGAGUCGUGUUCGGCCGGAAGUCGCCUCUAAGUCCGCCUCUAAGUUGCACUCCCCUGCCAGCAGCUAUUCGCAGGGGAGAGCAGCUUCUACCCAACUCCAUUUCCAUCUGAUCAAUCGGUCUGAGCAAAUUGAACUGAAUAUAAAAUAUUGAAAUAAAAUUAAUGGCAAUUGUUCUCGCACAUUCGAAUUUUACUGCACAAAAUUAUUUUUGAUAAGACUAUCACGUUUUUCUAUAUUUCUCUAUAUUCUAUCAUAUAUUACAUUCUAUUAUAUCUUGACGACAUAUUUAAUACAAUUUCACAAGUAUUUUAAUCUUGCAAAAAAAUUUCACGGGCCACUAAGUAAAGUAUAACGAUAGUUAUUUCUUCUUUCUCUCUCUUGUUUAUAGUUUUUGUAAAAUGCAGUAAUAUUGUGAUAUUAUAUCCAAUACGAUGCAUGACUCAUGCACGGUUUGCCCAUUUAAACGAAAUAUUUGUAAUAUAGUUGUACAUUUGUUGUAAUUAUUUCUGUUUAAGUCAACGUUACACAAUACCAUUUGCAUUCAUAGUCCAAAUUAACAGGUAGUGUUAAUAAUUCGAUGGGGCUGCCGAAUCGGAAAAGCCCUAAACACUUCGCACAAAUAUUAACAGAACUAUUUUACGCACAUGAUUUAUUUAUAUGAUGGAAUUAAGAUGAGUAAACGCGCGAUUAAUGAAUGAAUAAUUAUCACAAAGUAACAGAAGUUCUUUACUACACUGUAAGAUAACUUGUCUCUCGUGGCAGCGAGACAUUGACGAUUUCAGUCGACACGAACCGACACGAGGUGAUCCGAAAAAGCGAGAUUUUUAGGUAGCUAGUUAAAAAGAAAAAAGAAAAAAAACGACCUAGAAAGAAAUAAAGGCAUCCAUGUGACCGGUAGGGUUUCUUAUGCCAAAUACGUGUGUGUAUGCGCUUUUGCGCGCGCGUGUGUGUAUGCAUAGGUUUACGAACCAAACUCUGUUCUCAGUAAACUUAGAAGAGUAGCGAAAACGGAAGAAGACAGGGACAAGAACCGCUUAGACCUCUGAAACAGUAUGCCGAAUUCUAAUUGCGCAGAGUCUAAUCAAAUCGAUUCCGUAAUUACAACAACACAUUUUUAAUCCUCAUUUACUUCCUGUAAUUCGAUCAGCGUCUUGACCCUGAAUUCUGAUUUCGCUCCAUUCGUGGACAUUUAAGCUAAAUUAAAGUUAUUUUCAAUUAGCAAAAUUUAAAACAAUAUCUAAUUGUUUUUAUGACUACCGAGACGUCAAAUGUUAUAAAUCAACAUACGAGUGCAUUCUUGUAUCAAAUAACAAAAUUUGAAGGAUUUACAAAAAAAGCUCGAAAGAUCCGUUUCAAUUUUAAUAUUUUGAAUUUGAGAUUCUAUAGAUUUAAUUUCAUUGCAGACUUAAUCGUCAUUCCAAUUUGUUUGAAAAAUUUCAUCAUUUUGUUGUAAUACGUCAUAUAACAAUAGAGCAGCGAAUACGGUCAUAUUGUCUCAUCACGCUUCUUCCCUUUUUUCUUCGAGAAGAAUCCGACAUUGAGUUUGUCACGCGAUAUCCCCCCCGCCCAGUGUAACACUUAUUUAUUUAGUUAAGCGACUGAACAGAUACAUGACAAUUUUCUUUUUUUUUACUACAGUAAACGUUAAGCAGAGUCAACCUCGUAAUUGCUAAGCGCAGAAUCUCAACGCCAAUGAACAAGAGCGUAGUAGUAGUGUGCAAACAAAGAUAGAUUUGUAGAAUACGUCUCUUGGUGAUCAAUCUUGCAGGGCGUACGAGACUCUGUCCACUAUACUAAAUCAGACCGGCAAUAAGCAACAUUGUGCGAACAACUUUAGCGUGGACAUUGCAUACUCAGCAGGUCGUUUCGGUUCCUCGAUGUCGAAGUGACGCGCGCGCGUGCCUGUAAAAUGAACUCGUCUUCUCGUUACAAAGAACGAUUAGAUCCAACUAAAUGCCGACCCAGCGAAAUACAUCGAGUAAUCGAAAACGCCGAUACGGAUAAACAUUUUUCUACUAAGUAAUGUAAACAGCGCUUUUUUUCUUUUUCCUUUUCCUUUUCGUCCUUUUUAGUUGCAAAGUCGACAUUGUAGGUCUUGAUAUUGUCUCUCUUAGAUAUAAUUUUUAUAUUUAUAUUUAAGAUUUUAUGGAAAUUCUUUGCUGUACGCACAUGACUUUUUAUAUAAAUAUAUUUGUCAUUCUUGGCGAUCAUCAUUAGUUUGUUCAUAAAUAAUUGUUUUUAUCGUCGAUCGUUGUCAGUCUCGGUUUCUAUUCAGAUCGGCGUUCUCGGUCACUAGAUUUCUUGUGACACUGCUUCCUGAUCGAGUAGAUAUACCGGUGCGCUAUACAGAAAGUAUAAGAUGCUCUAUUCGAGAGUUAAGGGAAAAAAUGGUACGCACACUGAGUCGAAUGAGUGAUAUCUCUGUUAAAUUAAUAGUUAAGCGAGGAUUUAUCGUAUAUAUUAUACGUAAGAGGAUAAAAUAUUUGCGCCACGAUACGUUGCGUACGUACAGGAAUAAGGAGACGUGUAAUGCAAACUGAUGCGACUGAAGAGCGGAAAGUAGAAAGAAGGAGAAGGAUGGAAAGGAGAAGCAAGAAUAUAAAGAAGUGUGAAAUAGCCAAAUAUGACAAAGAUGUUUUAGAAAGUACGGCAGGUAGUUUGGCCGUCGUUACGUUUUAAUCUAAUCUUCAACUAGGACUAGGCUAAACUCUAGGACUCGAGAGCGCUCGAGGCAGGACAAUUCUCUUUUUUUUUUCCUCUCGCGAACGUCGUGUACAUGUAAAUAGAUCAGCAUAGAAUUUUUCGAGCACAAAGAUCCUGAAGGAGCGUGCCGAGGAACGCACUGUAAUUUAGGAAGUACUCUAAAGCAAGCAGAAGAAACCCACUCAAACAUACUCAUGAUUCUCGUAACGUUAAAUUAAUGAAUGUAGAUUAAUUAAUUGAUUACGCAGUUGAAUACGUAAAAUCAAGACGGAUUUUGUCAGGAAAUAUGACGCGCAUGCUCGUUUUGCAUAAACGACGUGACGGGUGUCAAGUUGAGAAUCACGAAUUCUCGGUUUCUUGAUAGACGUACAUCCCCUUCCGCGUGAAAGAUAGCACAAGGAGCCGUAUGGGUUCGGAGGAGAAAAAGAAAUGAUCGAGCGGAAAUUAUGUUUUGAAAUAGAGAUUUUCGUGAGAGCAUCUAAUGCGGGUUGAAAACAAGCACACGAGAAAGAGAUUCUGCGAGGUUUAUCUCCCUGUAUAUUGUACACCUGUAAUUACAAUUUAUACUUACUCGUAAUCGAUACUUUUAUCGAUAGGCUAUUAUUAUUAGUGGCUAGCGUAAGAAGUCAAGCUCAAAUUAGCAAGACGGGAAAGCCGCGCGAGACACUUUUUUUCCCCCGCGGUUUCAUCGCGUCCCAUCUUCGUCACAAAUGCACAACUUCUUUUCCUCGAUUCUCCCCUUCUUUUAUGCGCGUUACCGUUGCGAGCAGGCCUAUCGUACAAGAUGUUCAUAGACUCUAGAGGCUAAAUCAGCUCUCUUUCGCCUCCACAUUCUCCCUCCCACCCAAGUCUCUCUGUUGUUCUUUGUUUCUCCCGAUCAUUGAAAGAAUGUCCCAUUAAUGAAUUUCGUUUUUAAUUUGCUUAACUAUCGGGAAAAAGAAAUCACGGGAGAAUUGAUGCGAAAUUCUUUCGGCUGUUAAAAACGUUGUCUAUAAAGAACGCGACAUAUCUAGAUGAUAAUAUAAUUUACGCGAGGAAGUUCAACGACUUCUGCCAAAUUUCUGCACGUUCACGUAUCCUCGUGUCCCAGAAUCUCCUCCCCUUUAUCGUUCAUUUUAGUCUUCGUCGAGCAUACCUUCCUUUUCAGGUUAAAGAACUCGUUUCUGCAGACUGGUCCGUAUUUUAUAUAAAUUGCUCAUGAAUGAUUAUUAGCUAUGAAAAUAGCUCAUAAAACAUUCAUGAAAAUUUUAAAAAUACAUGGAGAACGAUGUGCAGAUAGGAUCUCUUUUAUCCUGACUAAUUAACGACGGACGUAAACGAGGGUAUGUCGAGCCUGAAUUUUCAACUCCGCCGAUGAUUAAUUUUUACCCCCUCAUCGAUGAUGAGACUCAGAGCUAGUGGAAUCGCGCAGUGUAACAUAACUCAAUGAUACGCACCGUACAUUAUACGUAUAAUGAUUAAUUAACGAUAAAUACCGUAAAGGGAUUUUUAAAUGAAUCUAGAUGAAUACAUGACUACAUAAUGACACAUCUUACAAGCAACAUAUCCUAGGUAUUUGCGCAGGGCGCUGCCGGAUGUUUCCCUCCUUGUCGUACGAUCGUAGGAUCAGCACGAGGAUGAGCAUAUAAUUUGACCGGCGUCUCAAAACUGUCUCGAACCGACGCGGCAGCGCCGUGCCGUUUUUUUCGAAUUAUUGCAAGAAAAAUUAAUGAAGGAUGUUCCAUGACAUUAGGACGUUAUUAUUAAUGAUAUUUCUAGCAAUGCGUGCGUGUAAAGUUUAAUGUAUCUGUAUAUGAGACAUGAUGCGUGCCUGCCUAUACGUGUGUUGUGUGUAUACGUGCGUGACGGAUGAGCGAGAAACUCCCCUUUUCUCCACAAUUGGUGAAAUCAAGAGCACGAAUUAAUUAAUCAUUAUAAGGUAGCACGAAGACAAAAUCACAAAUGAAGAAAUGCCCAGUGACAUUCGGAUUGUUGAAAAAACCGAAACAGCUAAAAAUGCUACCUGUUUUUUCCGCUUCUCUCGCAAGUGUAAAAAAAAAAGAGAAAUCCACAAAGAGAAACGCCGUUGAUAUCCCUCUGUGUCUCCUUGCGGAUUUCCUCGUAAGCAAUUUGUGCAGAUCGAGAGUUCAACAUAAAUAGCGAGCUCACAAGAGAAAUUAAUGGAAAUCGGUAGAAAGAGUAAAAAAAUAAGAAAACAGGUAUAAGAGAGGAAGAAUAUAUGGUCAACUCGAACUUUAUUUGCGAAAUAUUGAUAGGAAUAUAAGGUGUGACUCGUGACAUCUUUAUCAUUGUCUGAUUUGAUGAUAUUUUGUAAGUCUGGACCAGUUGUUAGGUUCUUAUUAAUCCCAUAGCGACUUCUUAUGGCGUAUUUUCUCUGUAUAUUGUCAAUGUUUAUUAUUAAAUAUUUUUCAAA